ACCCUCAGCCUCCUUACGGGAAAACAACAACAGCUCAAGCAGGCGGGCGGAGAAAUGGGCGCUCGCUAACCCACCACACCUUACCGCAAGUUUCUUAGAUCUGCUGUCGCAAUGCACCGAGGUGGGCCUUGUCCCGGCAGUGGUGCGCCUAGAGCCCAACGCGCACCUCCAUCACCAGACUCGUGUGCCGCGUCCGACAUCGAGACGCAUCUAAAAAACGAAGCCGUCUGCAAUGAAUAUUACACCGACAUCUCCAGUCUAGCACUCAACUUUGUGCCUUGUCCGUUUGUCUCCAGUUGCCCUAGCAUUGGCAAGUCGAAAAAGAAGAGGAAGAAGAUGGACUCGAGUGCGGGGCCGAGGCGGUUCUCCACAAGCGGCGAGGAAAGAGUUGGAUUGUUGUCCGAGGCCAGGAAGUUGAGCCAGCAGUACGGCACCCUGCCCGAUGCGAGUGAGUUGGAAAGGCUCGUCAGCCCCAAUGGAACAGUCGAGUUGCAUACGACUGCAGGCACAGAGGCCAGGAUCUUGUUCAAGAGCAGUAUCCCGCUGAUGCUCACGUACUUGCUACAGUACAACUUCAGCCUGGUGACAAUCUUCGUGGUGGGCCACAUUGGGACGGACGAACUGGGUGCCGUGAGUCUGGCCAGCAUGACAGCCAACAUCACGGGAUUGGCGGUGUAUGAAGGGUUGGCGACGAGCCUAGACACGCUGUGCGCGCAGGCGUAUGGGAGUGGGAGGAAGACACUAGUGGGCCUGCACCUGCAGCGCAUGUGUAUGUUCAUGUUGCUGGUGACCGUCCCUAUUGGAGCCCUCUGGUUGACCUCGGGAUGGAUUCUCGCAGCUCUGGUUCCUGAGAAAGAGUUGGCACAUCUUGCGGGGAAGUACUUGUCGCUCCUCCUCUUAGGCGCCCCGGGCUACGCCAUCUUUGAAGCUGGUAAACGCUUCACGCAAGCCCAAGGCCUCUUCAAUGCCUCUCUUUUUGUGCUCCUCAUUGCAACACCCAUCAAUAUCGUCCUCAACUACGUCUUCGUCUUCGUGCUGGACUGGGAUCUGACUGGCGCAGCCCUCGCAACUGUUGUAUCCAACAACCUCCUUCCCUUGUUGCUCUGGGUCUACGUCUACUUCAUCAAUCCCUCGUCGCUCGAAUGCUGGGGCGGCUUUUCGAAGGCCGCCUUUUCAAACUGGGGCCCGAUGGCCAAACUUGCCGUUCCCGGUAUCGUCAUGGUUGAGACGGAAUGGCUGGCAUUUGACAUCCUGACGUUCUCAUCUUCCUAUCUUUCCACUGCGCAUCUCGCCGCGCAGAGCAUCGUCAUGACCAUGGCUGUAUCGAUCUACCACAUCCCCUUCGCCGUCGGCGUCGCCGUCUCCACACGCCUGGGCAACCUGAUUGGCGCCGGCAGCCUCAGGGCAGCGCGGAUAGCAACGAAAUGCUACAUCCUGACCUUCCUCGCCAUCGGCAUUAUCGACUGUAUUGUCCUCGCGGCCUGCAAGAAUGUGCUGCCCAAGGCUUUCACCACAGACCCCGAGGUCCGGGAAAUUGUCUCCACGGUCUUGCCACUGCUAGCAGUCUUCCAGUUCUGCGACUCGACGACGGCGCUGGUCAACGCGCUGUUGCGGGGCUUGGGCAAGCAGGCGAUUGGCGGUUGGUGUAAUCUUUUCGUGUACUACGUUAUCGCGGUGCCCUUGGCGCUGGCGUUGUGUUUUCCCGCCGACUGGAAAUUGCUGGGCUUGUGGACGGGAUGUGCAGUAGGAAGCAGCUGUAUUAGCAUUACAGAAGGCAUAUACAUCAAGUUCUACAAUUGGGAGCAUGCGAUUGAAGAGGCUAGGGGAAGGGAGGAGUAAGGGAGUUUCUUUUGUUGUGG